CGUGCUUGCCAGGCGCGCACUUCCCUGAACUGUAGGGUGAAUGUUUACAAGUUUCGCUUCCCGCGUUAUGCUAAAUAAAAGAGCUGGCUGAUUAAAUUCGCUCAUUCCUGAGUGAUGAAGAUGAUAAAGACGGAGAAGAUUCUUCACCUGAAGAGCUGCCGGGGCCGGAAGGUCCGUGUGGUCCGGGAACACUACCUGAGAGAAAAGGUUCCGUGCUACAGCUCUCUGUGUCAGGCGGACUGUGAGAACGGCGGUAAGGUGCUUCCAGGAGACGUGACUCACUACGUGGUUCCUGACGUCGGCGUGGUGCUCGAUUAUCUGGAGAUUUUGGAGUUCAGAGAGCUGCAGGGCAUCGUGUUCACGCAGACCACCUGUCAGGCCGUGCAGCACCACAAAGGACGCAGGCAGUACAACCGUCUGAGGAACCUGAUCAAAGACCCUCGACAUGACUGCGUCCUGUUUGCCAACGAAUUUCAAGAGUAUUCGUACUGUGAGCGGGACAAGGGGGAGAGCCAGGAGAGGUGGCACACCAGGUGUGUGUACGCUGCAGCAGUGUGGUACCAUGACCACCUGGCAGGCAUGAUGGAUGUGGUGAUGAUCACAGAGGAUCAGGAAGCCAUCGCUCGGUACAGCAGCCUCAACUGUGGAGUGUACGUCAUCUCGACCCAGGAUUUUUUGCAGAACUUCUGGCCCGACCUGCAGGCAGCUCACGAUCUGUACAGCUCGAUCUCUCAGGCGCUGCAGGAGAAGGAGAGCGAGAGCUCGCAGAAAGAGUUCAGCGAACAUCUGCCCGCUGAGGUCCUGGAGGCCGGAAUCAAGUCCGGGCGUUACGUCAAGGGAUCUCUGAAUGUCAGUAAGCACCGCGCUCAGAACGAAGCUUCGCUCCUGACCGACGGUUUGUCCGAUAAGAACAAAGAUCUGAGUUGGGGCGUGAUGGUGUUCGGUGUGAAGAAUCGCAACCGGGCGGUGCACGGCGACGUGGUUGUGGUCGAGUUGUUGCCGAAGAGCGAGUGGAGAGGGAAGGUCACGGCUCUGAGUGAAGGUCAGGGCGAGGAGAAGAGCGCAGAGGAGAACGAGAGUAAACCAAUGCCCACAGGUCGCGUUGUGGGGAUCCUGCAGAGGAACUGGAGGGACUACGUGGUAACUUUUCCUGCUAGAGACGGGACUCAGUCUCAGAGCAGGAACUCUCAGAGAAUCCUGGUUGUACCCUGGGACCAUCGAAUCCCCAAGAUCCGCAUCAGUACUCAGCAGGCUGACGCCCUGCAGGAUCACAGAGUGGUGGUGAGGAUUGACUCGUGGGAAAGCACGUCUCUCUAUCCUAACGGCCACACCGUGCGGGUGCUGGGUCGAGCCGGGGAGCUGGAAUCGGAGAUCCAGACGAUCCUCAUAGAGAACUGCAUCCACGUGCCUCCUUUCUCAGACGCACAGCUGAGAGAGAUGCCGGUGAACUCUCUGGAGAAGCCGUGGAGGAUGGAUCCAGCCCAGGUGGCGGAGAGGCGUGACCUCAGGGGGACUCACCUGGUGUUCAGCAUCGACCCGCGGGGCUGCGAGGACGUGGACGACACGCUGUCCAUACGCAGGAUCGCCGGAGGGAAGCUGCUGGAGCUCGGCGUCCACAUUGCAGAUGUCACUCACUUUGUCACAGAGGGCUCACUCACGGACCUGGAAGCCCGGACAAGAGCUACCACCUACUACCUGGCGGACCGCAGGUACGACAUGUUACCUGCUGUCCUCAGUGCAGACCUCUGCUCUCUGCUGGGAGGAGUCGACAGGUAUGCCAUGAGCGUGCUGUGGGAGCUCGAUGCAGAAACCCUCGCCGUCACUAAGGUGUGGUACGGUCGCACAAUCAUCCGCUCCUCCUACCAGCUCCACUACGAGCUCGCUCAGGCGCUCCUCAACGGAGAGGAGGCCGAGGUACCCGAGCUGACCGAGCUGACGUCUGAGGAGAGGGAUGCUAAGCUAGCUCAGCUCACUAAGGCUCUGGAGAUGCUAACACAUGUAGCCAGACACCUGCGGGCUCAGAGGGACAAAGGGGGCGCUCUCGAGCUGGAAGGGGUGGAGGUUCGAGCCCAGCUGGACGAGGAGAAGAACAUCACGGCGCUAGUCCCUCGGCAGCCCCUGGAGGUCCAUGAGACGGUGGCAGAGUGCAUGAUCUACGCCAACCACUGGGUGGCGCGCAAGAUCCAGGAGACGUUCCCCCAUCAGGCCCUGCUCAGGUGUCACCCCCAACCACGGGAUGAUUUCUUCAACCAGCUGCUGGAGAGCGCCUCGGCCGGGGGGUUCACCAUCGACACCAGGACCAACAAGGCCUUAGCGGACUCUCUGGACCGGGCUGUGGACCCUCAGGACCCGCUAGUGAACAGGCUGCUGAGGAUGAUGGCCACCACAGCCAUGUCCCAGGCUCUGUACUUCUCCACUGGUCUGCUGUCCCAGGACAAGUUCUACCAUUACGGUUUGGCUCUGGACCGGUACACACACUUCACCUCACCCAUCCGUCGCUAUGCUGACAUCGUGGUGCACCGUCUCCUCAGUGCCGCCAUCGCCAUGGACACGACGACGGCGGAGCCUGGUAACCCGAUGGCAGGUCACAAAGAGCUGGAUGAAACCGCUCAGCACAUCAACAACAAGAACCGGGCAGCCAAGCGGGCUCAGAAACUGUCCACCGAGCUGUUCCAGUGUCUCUUCUUCAAAGAGAGAGACCCUCAGACUGACCCGCACUGUGUGGCCAACGCCGUCAUCUACGCCAUCCGAGACAACGGCGUGCUGGUGUUUGUCCCAGAGUACGCCGUUAAAGCUCCCGUCUAUUUGAAGAACCGGGAGGGUCAGGUGGUCUCUGCAGGAAAGGACGGCGGCUGUGAUUGGCAGAGUGGCUCCGUGAGACGAUCCUCAGACCACAUCAGCACCACCUCCAUCGGCGGCACCUCCGCCUUCAGGCUGUUCGACCACAUCACAGUCCGUAUCUCUGUCCGCUCCACAAACUUCCACGCAGACAGCUUAAACCUCGAGGUCAUCAGCAACAAACCCCACAGCAGCGACGAGCCCGAGAAGCCCCGCCCACAGGGUCGCAGCAACCUGGUGCAGGCGGUGGUGCGUCUGGCCGAGGAGGCUAGCCAGCAGGCGCAGGAGAAGGAGGCGAGGAGGCCCAAACUGUCCAAGGAGGAGAGGGAGUACCGGCAGAGCAAAACCCCCAACCUGUACUCUCUGCUGGAGGAGGUGAGGGAGCUCGCUCUGACGGACCUGGAGACGGCUGCACAGGUGUGUACAACGACUGCUUAGAGCUGCGGGGAACAGGAAGUGACGGACGCUGUAGAAGAGCUGUCUCAGAUUCUUCAAGCAGGAGACUCUUUGUGUUUUUGCUGAUGUGGAUUGUUUCUUUUUUCUAUCGUCAUGACAGAUUUGUAGUUAUUUUUUUAAAAUAUAUUUUUGGGGCUUUUUGUGCCUUCAUUGUAGAGACAGGACAGUGAGAGAGCAGGGAAAGACGUGAGAAAAGAGCCACAGGUUGGAUUUGAACCCGGGCCGUCCGCUUGUAGGACUACAGCCUAAGUGCAUGGAGCGCCCCACAGAUUUGUAGUUAUUUAUGAAACUUUUUUGUAAUCUGAAACCUUUACAAGCCAUUAUCUAUGCUGCUUUUCUUUGGGGUCAGGGGGGCUGGAGCUGAUCCCAGCUGUGAUAGGGUGAGAGGCGGGGUUACACCCUGGACUGUUCACCAGCCAAUCACAGAGCUGACAUAUAAAGACAGACAACCAGCCACACUCACAUUCACACCUACAGACAAUUUAGAGUCAGCAGGUAACCUAACGAGCAUGUCUUUGGACUGUGGGAGGAAGACGGAGAACCCGGAGAGAACCCACACAUGCACGAGGAGAACAUGCAGACUCCACACAGAGAGACUCCUGUCAGACGCGGAUUCAAACCAGGAACCUCCUCGCUGUGAGGCGAUGGCGCUAACCACUCCUUUCGACCAUGGAGGGGGCGCUCCUCUUUACUCCAUGUAAAAAUGUGUAAUAAAUUGCAGUCUAAAUGUUUCCUUUGAUAUUAAAUGAGAGAACAGAUAUUU